AUGCCGGCUUCCGAGAGUCGGGCCAAAGCAUUCUCCACCUGCCUACCCCACUUCACCGUCUUCACCGUCUUCUUCUUUAUAGCCAUCAUCUCCUACCUCAAGCCCGUGUUAGACUCACCCUCGACCCUCGACCUGCUGGAGUCCAUGUUCUACACCGUGAUCUCCUGCUCCGAGGGCCACGUUGCCAUUGCCACGGACGUGAGCAUGACCACAGGGGUAGCAUUAGCCGUCGUCUGCUUCAUGCUCAUCAUCGUCUACGUCCAGGAUGGACGAGGUGGAGUGAGCCUCGAUGCUGCCAAGGUGGAUGCUCCCCAGCCCAGGACAGGCCCAGUGUUUUUGGAGGGGAGCAGGGUCUUCUUGGUAGUUCUGUUUGGCAGUUCAGAGAUGUUCAUCGUCACGGGGAUGUCCUACGACCGCUACGUCUCGAUCUGCUGUCUCCUUGGCUAUGAGGUCUUCAUGAACCAAGGGGCCUGCGGGAAGAUGGCGGCCGCUUACUGGCUCACGAGGAAUCUCCUUAUCUGUCGUCUGCUUCAUGUCCGUUGUCGUCUUGUAUGCACGUAUUUCUGGGCCAUGCUGAGGAUGCCGACAAUGGAGGGCCUGACCAAAGCCUUCUCUACCUGCCCGCCUCACCUCGUCGUCGUCACUGCGGGUCUAUUUGCCUACUACAAGCCGCUUUCAGGCUCCUCCUUGAGCGUCGACCUGCUGGUGUCCGGAUUCUACACGGUCAGCUGCUCCGAGAACCACAUCACCUUCGAUAUGAGUGUUUCUAUUGGUUCCUGUUUGGGUUCUGUGUGCUUGUUCUCCAUCAAGGCAUCAUAUGACUCCAUCUUCUCCACUGUGCCGAGGAUCCCAUCAGCCGAUAGUCAGUUGAAAGCCUUCUCCAUCUGCCUGCCUCACCUUCUGGUUGUCACCGUGUUGCUCACUAUAUCUGCCUUAGAUUACCUCAAGCCACCAUCAGAAACUUCCCCGACUCUGGAUCUUCUGGUUUCCGUGUUCUACACCGUGCUUCUCUCACACACUUCCUCGGUGUUCGACCUGCUGAUGUCGGUGUUCUUUGCCGUCAUGCCCCCCCGGCCCUGA